UAAAAAUACAAAAUGCCAGCAGGACCAAGAGCUGUAAAUCACCAGGAUAGAUUUUUAAAAUUAAGCGGCAUGGUAGAUGAUUUUUUCGACGAAGAUGGUAAUCUUUAUGCAGAAUCUCAAACAAAAUUUGAAAAUGGAAUUGAAUAUUCGAUAUGGGAAAGAGCUGCACAAAAAACGAAUUCAAAGAAGAGAAACAUUUACACGUACGUAAGUCAAAACCGGGGAGCUGCAGGUGGUUUAGGAGUGUUAAGAAGAUUGGAACAGUAUAGGGAUGAAAAAAAGGAAAAAGCAAAAAAAGAAACUAACCAUUCCCCCGAAAUGAAAAAACCGAAAAUAUCACAAGUGAAUGUCGAAGCCAUUUCAGCCGAUUGCCCCGAUCCUCUCGAUGAUAACUAUAGCCACUCGAGUGAUAAUUCUGUCGAAGAUGACGAGGAUAUAAAUGACGAAGAUGGUGAACAAUCUUGCGAUGAAAGUAUUUUAGAAACAAAUAUUGUUUAUGCGAUAAGAUCAUUGAAGGAAGAUAUAGCGUACAAACGCUAUGUUAGAACUAUAGGGUGGUUUGACUUCCAUUUAAUAUAUUAUGGAUCAAAUCAAACCCAUUAUUUUAAAGAAAAUUUCAAAGGUAUGGACUUUUUAGAAUUUAAAUUAGUGGAUGGCAUAUUUAAAAGUAUCGACAUUUUCGGUCAUGAAAUUGAUGUGCAAUUGAUUUUGAUUGUUGGAAAAAUUAACGGCCAAUAUUAUUCAUGCGCUCAAGCUAUUUGCGAGAAUCCAAUAAAAAUUGUCGAAUUAAUGGUAACGGAAUGGUUCAGGGCAGGAACAGCUGCUUUCAACCGAAUUAUUUUUUGCCCUCCCUCAUUUCCGUUGGCAUCAACUAUAAUUAGUUGUUUCAAUAAAAGAACACCAUUGGGAGAAUACUUCUCUCAAUGCUUUCAGCUGUUAAAAAACUCAGAAUCUCAUGCAACAAUAAAAAGACCUAAAUAUAAUGCAGAUGAAAAUGUUAUUGCUGAUUCAACUUUUCUUGAAGAGUUAUUCUAUGUUGAACGUUGGAUGGGUUUUGGUAAAUCGCACUAUAGUGCUUUCAAUAACAAAAAUUCCAAUGGCACCAAAGAUUUAAUUUCCUGUGAGAAAGUUGCAAUAGUUCAAUCAAAUAAAAAUACAAUAUCCCAGUCCAAUAGUGAGCAAUUAGAAUCACAAGAAGUAGCAAAUCAAUUUAUAAAAGAACAACUCAACUAUUGUGAUUUCUGCACAACAACAAUUGAUUCUGAUGUAAAUUAUGACUUCAGCUCUGCGUAUUAUUUGUGGAUAGCUACAGAAGAUGGCUACAAUCCAUCAAUUAUACCAAAAUUAAUUAAGACCAAGUUAAAUACUGUACCAUUACUGCUUCAUGUCGAGCAACAGGUAUUUCAUUUGAUGGGCGUAGUGGAACACAUACGUUAUGAAAAAGAUGGUCAUUAUGUUGCUUAUUGCCAAAAAAAUGGUAUAUGGAUGAAGAUGGAUGAUAAUGCUCACUCAUCUGUUCAAUUGGACCCAAAAAAUUUGCCUGAUCUUGAGAUUGCAGCUAUUUUUUAUGCAAACAAAAAUCCGUGA